UGUCCGUGGUCACGUGUUUGAUCAGUGACGCAGCUGUUCAAAACAUCAUCAGAGCGCGUGUUCGCUUUAGUUCCGGGCGCAGAUAGUUUUUAAAACCGUGCGCACUUCACCACUCUCCCCGUCUCUGCUGCUCCUGAGGCCGCAGAGCUUCACUGGAGGGUCCGGGCCUCUGAGCAUGCGUUCAUAUCUUAAUAGUUUAUGGAUGAAGUUGCGUGUUUGGCACGUGGUCACAAGCCACUGAGCUGGAGGCUAAUCACUGACUGUGUCUCCAGCUAUGCGAGAAACUUCCAUGUCCAACUCCCUCCUGAAUUCUGGUUUCGCCCACAGAAGACAGGACUUUAGAUUUGUGUAUUAGCUGCAGCGUGUUGUCCUGGCUGUUGGCUGUAGCCUCAUAAAACUGACCCAAACAAUCACACUGGAUAUUUUUGCUCAUUUUCUUCCCUGCGUAAAACCUGCGUCAUCGGUGCACUGGUGUCUUUUGACGUGUCCCUGGUGAAUAUGUAUUAUUUAAAUCCAAAGUCACAUGCAGGAAAGGAGACCACCUACUAGUCCAGAGGUUUUGGAGCUGGUGGCGGCGGAGCUGCAAUCCUUCAGUCCGGUGCGUAAUAGGCACCGAGCAGCGCCGACUGGCUCUUUGACAGAAAGAAGCGAGAGAGUUUGUGAAGAAGUGUGGGAGGGUGUGAGAGCCCUCCCCCCGCCAAAUGUCUGCAUGGAUCCACUCCUUCAUAACCCAACUCCUCUCCAGCCCCGCGCACAGUGACCAAAGUGCCCAAACCAGACUGUGAAUCAGCUGAAGCGGCCACCGGGUGAAAAGAUGGGAGCCGAUUAGAUAUUUAACUCUUCAGCCACUGCUUACUUUCAUUCAGUGAACCGGGAAAAGCCGAAUCAGUCAAACAACCUCUGGCGCAACAGCUGCUGGCUCCUACAUGUGAAUGUCCGCCGUUGUCCCAGCGCACUCCACGGCCGCGCUGGUGAUGCUAUGCCGAGAAGCCACACCGGCGAAGAGAGUGGUGGUGGUGGUAGUGGCGGCACCGGGCUCUGGCUGAAGAGCUCCACGGGACGCCGGGCGCAGGACUACGCACUGAAGGAUGUGGAGUCGGGGCACAGGACGAUGAACAACACGGUGCGGGUCGGCGACGGGCCCCUGUCUCCCGGUGCGGCAGGUGCGGUGGGAGCGGAGAGGAAGCAGGGCGCACGGCUCAGUUUGCUGGGGAAGCCGCUGACCUACAGCGCGCAGAGCGGCCGCAGGAACGCGCGGUACCGGCGGCUCCAGAACUACCUCUACAACGUGCUGGAGAGACCGAGGGAAUGGGCGUUCAUCUACCACGCGUUUGUAUAAUCUGCUUUCAGAUCUGCACUGAGGUCUGGACUUUUUCCUGAAAUUUUCCACAGCGGCUGUAUGCGAGUCAGCUGCUCCGGAUAUUGUCCUGGAACUCGUCCCAUGUGAGAACACAGCAGCAAAAUGUCCGGAAGACUAUCGGACAAUCUCCUGCUGCUUCUCCACGCGUAAAAGACAAACUCUGUAAAACGUCUGGACCCAAUUUUACUUAGUUCAUAUCUGAAUACGACUCAAGUGACACUAAAGACCUCGCCGACUUAUACUUUCAUGUCAGACUGUACAUUUUUAAACAUGUGAUUUCACUUCUACUUGAAUAAUUGAAUAUUUCAGCUGAGUAUAAUUUCCCUGUACACUUUCCACCAGUGAACUAGAAAUAUAUUCGUAUGCAAAUAUCCCCGUGGGCCUUGAUUUUCAUUACACCCACAACAUUUUCCCAUCAGCCAGUGCACUUGCAAAUGUGUUAAAAGAAAAAAAACGAGCUAAUAAGGCUGCGUCAGAAAAGGAGCGAUCUGACCAGCUUUGAUGUCGGCUUCAUCAGAGAACGAGUCGCUGAGAGGCUGCGACACGGGAAGAGACGGCGCUGACAGAUAUACUGUGACAUUCCGGCAGGUCACGAGGGAAGUGUGUAGGUUGUGUGUGAGGAAAAGAAUGCACACCUCAUGAUAAUAAUCACGAUCACUGAAAUAACUUUAAGAUUAUAGAAUGUUUCAAAACAGUUGUGACAAAGAGGAACGAGUAAGUUUACACGAAAAGUGGUGAAGCUAGUUUCACUUUGGUUGUUUGAAAGACUUCAUUUAGGCAACGUCAAUAAAUUCCUGUUUGAAUAAGACUGAAUUGUUUUUAGCAGCUUCAGUCUCAUGUGAGUCACUGACCCCAAACAAAUGCUGAAUUGUUUUAUCCCCCUGAACAAACAGGACACACGUCUUUUUAUAGAUUUUAGUGCCUCUGAUAUUUUAUGUGAACAUGAAA